ACGAAUGGCACCAAGUAAAUUCCAUCUGCUCAAAGUAAAUAAAUACACUUUUUGCAAAAAUAUUGCAAAUUUUAAUUUUCGUCAUAAUUUAAUUCCUAUAAUUUCUACCCCAAUUAAAUUAUGAGAGUACGCAUAAUUCCCAAGUCUAUUAUUUAUUGAAGUACGUAUUAAGGGUCAUCAUGACGACGUGCUUUCUCUGUUUUCAAGUCAUCGACCCCACCACCCAGUCACUGUUCCUCGAUGAUGAUAAGCCACCUAGAAAACUGCGAAUCUCCACCUUAUGCGAAUUGCUGUCGUCCUUAACUCGGAAGAAAGUUCCUCCACAAUUUGAGGAGGAUGAGCGCUGUGAAUUUUGUCCCCUUUGUGCCCCCGUGAUAAGCGAGAUGGAGCAAAUUCGGCAUCAAAUGGCCCUCUUGGAGGAACAAAUUGAGCUGAAACUUUACAAAAUUCGAGAAAUGCUGGCAGAUUCUGGAUCCUCGGGAGAAAAUGGAGCAGAUAAAAUUAGCAAAUUGAGAAAGACGCUGCUCAAAUUUACAGAUUCAGAAAAGAAUGACGACGACGAUCAGCAAGAAGACAACUUUUGGCAGGACGACGAACUGGUCAAAGUUGAAGUUGAACAGGACGAAGAAAAUCUGCCCACGGGUGAAGAUCAUCCCAUAUUUGAUUUCUACCCCGCCGCUUCCCCUGUCGAACAAGAUAUUAACGAAGAGACGACGGAUCCCUUAAAAAUUGAAGGUGACGACGAUGACGAUGAUGAGUUCGGAUUCUGUAUAACUCCUCAUCUUCAGACGGGGGAAAGAAGAAGUCCUCCAAAAUCUAUGGCACCACGUACUAAACGAAAACGAAGUGCUUCUCCCCCAUGGAAAAAGCAAUUCGAAUCCAAAUCAAGGAAGGUACAAAAAUCUGGGUCCGCCCAGCAUGAAGAGACACGUCGAAGCUCUCGUCAAACCAAAAAGAAACCAAGUCCUGUCUUAUCUGAUGAAGAUAUAAAAUCUGAGGAAGAUACAAAAUCUGACGAGGACACAAAUUCCGACCAAGAUUGGGUUCCCUCUCCCGAAAACGAUGAUUCUCCACCUCCCUCUCCGAAAAAUAAUUUGACGCCAUACAAAUGUACUUUUUGCGCAAAAUCGUUCGCCACCGAAUCCUCGCUCAGUAUCCACAUCGCAAUCACACGUGACCACACGAUUCCCUGCUAUGUUUCAACAUGUUCGUCCACCUUUGACAGCAAACUCGCCAUGCGGACGCACCUGAGGCACGCCCACCCUGGCGUCUCGCCGUAUAAUUGUCCCCUCUGCGCCAAAAAGUUCAAGAAAACGUACGACCUCGCCAUCCACAUGGUCGUCCGGCAUGAAGACGGCGAAAAGAAAUUUCCCUGCGGAAAAUGCGCCAAGAGUUUCGCGCUUCUCGAAAAUUACAACCGCCACGUGAAACUGCACGAGGUCGAGAAGAUCAAACCGGCCGUUUGUGACGUGUGCGAUUCCCGAUUUGAGGACGAGGAGAGACUCCAACGUCAUAAGGAGACGCACAAUCCGAGACGUUUAGAAUGCGAGACGUGUGGGCUAUUUUGUUCCAGUCGGUAUAUGCUGAAGAGACACAUCCGCCUCCGCCACACUGGCGAAAAACCGGAGAAGUGCGAUCAAUGUGAGGAAUCCUUCAUCGACAAGUACAGCCUGCGUCGGCACGUGGCUCGCGUCCACACGUGCACUCGCGACCACGUGUGUCACAUUUGCGGCCUCGCCUUCCGUCUCGCCAUGGAUCUGAGAAAGCACACAUACAAAAAGCAUGAUGAGUCCAAGAAACCCGUCUGUGAAAUUUGCGGAGAGGAAUUUGUGGAAGCGGGCAGCCUCAAGUCGCACCGAAUCCGGGAGCAUGGCGAUGACCCCUGGGUUUGCGAUGAGUGUGGCGCAAAGUUUCUCACUUCUGGUGGACUACGUCAACAUAAGUUUGGCCACACGGGAGAAAAACCGUACAAGUGUGACAUUUGUAACUUCGCAUUUAGCAAGAAAUGGGAUCUUAAGCAACACGUGCUAAUUCACAGUCGGCAACGUUCCUUCCCCUGCCCUCAAUGCGGCGUAGAAUUCAAACAAGCCAGAAGUGUCGCCAUCCACAUCAGGCGGGCCCACACGCCCGCGAUCCGGUUACCCUGCCCGCACUGUGAGAAGACCUACCCGCACAAGUACAAGUUGGACGUGCACAUCCGACAAGUCCACACGGGGGAGCGGCCCUUCGUCUGCGGGCAACCUGGGUGUGGGAAAGGCUUUGCGAAAAAUCCGUCCUUAACCGAGCAUUUGAAAGGAUGUCAUGGCAUCGUGUUGCCGAGGAAGCGCAGACGAAAAGUUCCUCACUCUCAGGGAGACGGGACAGGGGAACAAAUUGAGUAGAAUUAUUACCAAAUUGGAUAUAAAUGUCACGCUACAAUGGAAACUUAGGGAUUGGGAUUUUUAUAAUUUAUUAUCAAAACUGAUGACGAAAUUUUUAAAAUGUUGAAUUUUAGAGACAAAAUUUCUGUAAGUAAUGGAAACUUACGAAUUUCUCCCAUCGAAAAAUUUUCCUUUGCAGCGUGACAUGUAAACCACACUGCAUGUAAGUUUUGCUAUUCGUGAUUUAUGUAUAUUUCAUCCAUUUUUUAAACUUGUCUGCUGUAAUAAUAAAAUUAUACUGUUACACUAUGUAUCAUAUACAUAAA